AUGAGUGCCGAACGUGCCCAGUCGUCUAAACGACGGUGCGUUAGCACGGCAUGUGUUGCUUGUCGCAAGAGGAAGUCCAAGUGUGAUGGAAAUCUCCCAAGUUGUGCGGCCUGUUCAUCGGUAUAUCAUACUCCAUGUGUAUAUGAUCCAAACUCAGACCAGCGCCGCAAAGGUGUAUAUAAAAAGGACACUGACUCCUUGCGCACUAAGAAUACCACUUUGCAGACUUUGAUACAGGCCCUAUUGAAUUACGAUGAAGCCGAUGCUUUUGAAUUGGUACGCCAAAUUCGCUCUUGCGACGACCUUGAGGAUGUCGCGAAUUCAGUGCUUGCUCAAGAGAAAGGGCUUUUGUCGGUAAAUCAAACUUCAAAAGAACCAACCAGCGAGGACUCAGUUGAAAUCAAUCAAUUUGAGUCAGAACUGGCUGGUAAGAUGAGCGAGCUGAUGCUAGAUGGCUCUCGCAAAUUCAUCGGGGGGACCUCAAAUCUCAUAUUCCUACCACCAGGCUCGGAGUUACAUGAGGCAGCUUCGGUUACAAAUAACCUCACUCUCGCCACUGAUCAAGUACACGCAGUGAGCCGAUGGACGCGAGUUACAGAUGACGACUCGUUGAUCAGCCAUUUGAUGACGAUGUAUUUCACGUGGCAUUAUCCAUUCUUUACCACUCUCUCCAAAGACCUGUUCUAUCGUGAUUAUAUUCGCGGAGUUUCUAGCUCUUAUUGCUCUGCAUUGCUCGUCAAUGCGAUGCUAGCCCUCGGUUGCCAUUUCAGCUCUUUGCCCGGCGCUUUUGAUGACCCCCAGGACCUGACAACGGCGGGCAAUCAAUUUUUCAAAGAGGCUAAACGCCUUGUUCUCGAGAAUGACGAGCACGAGAAUGCGAAGCUCUGCACAGUCCAAGCAUUUGCACUGAUGUCUGUUCGAGAAGCCGGGUGCGGUCGCGAGGGAAAAGGUUGGGUCUACAGCGGCCUCAGCUUCCGUAUGGCUUUUGAUCUUGGACUUAAUCUGGAUUCGCAAAACAUUGGUGCGCACAGUCUCAGCGACGAAGAAAUUGAUGCUCGCCGGGUCACAUUCUGGGGCUGUUACCUGAUUGAUAAAUGCUGGUCAAAUUAUCUGGGUCGUCAGCCUCAGUUAACCUCCGCUAACGCCAACGUGCCCAAAUUCGAUGUGUUUCCGCGAGAGGAGACAGAGUUAUGGUCGCCGUAUACUGAUUCCGGUGUGGGCCACGAGCAUACCCAGGCAUCGCGAAUUCGAGCAGUUGCGCUUCAAAUAUCCAAGCUGUGUGAGAUCAGUAGCGAUCUACUGGUCUUCUUCUACCACCCAACUGAACUCGAAAAAUUCCAACCCAAACAGUCGGAAUUGAAGAAACUAAGUGAUGUCCACACCCGGCUCGAAGCAUGGAAAAACAAAUUGCCCAAGGAACUGAUCGCAAAAGAAGGGCAAUUACCCCAAGUACUCGUCAUGCACAUGCUACAUCAACUCCUGGUGAUUCAUCUCUAUCGGCCCUUCUUGAAAUAUACCAAGGCAAACACCCCAUUGCCUCCCCACGUCUCACCUCGCAAGAUUUGCACACAAGCUGCUGCUACAGUUUCCAAGCUUCUGCGCGUGUACAAACGUGGCUAUGGACUGAAGCAAAUUUGUAACAUCGCCGUCUAUAUCGCUCACACUACAUGUACCAUUCACCUCCUCAACCUGCCCGACAAGAAUGCCCAGAGAGACGUCAUUCAUGGACUGAAGAAUCUCGAAGAAAUGGCAGAGGGUUGGCUUUGUGCUCGACGUACUCUUCGCAUCCUGGACAUAUCCGCAAACAAGUGGAAUGUCGAGUUACCACCCGAAGCAACAGCGGUCCUUGAGCGAACCCACACCAAAUGGGGCUCAUGGGGCUCAUGGGACCAAGCGGCAUCACCCUCAGUAUCCUCCGAAUCACCCACAUCGACCGCCAUGCACCCCGCCACGACCCCAAGCCGAUUCUCCCCUACUGCACCGCCAUUCCAACCCUCCCGCACAGAAGACCCCAGCAACCCUCUGACAAUGGUCGGUUCGCGCAUGAGUCCGCAAUUUGGCGCCGCUCCAACCUCCAUUCCAAUGUCUCUCCCGUCCAUGCGAGCAGCCCACAGCGCUCUAUCAGCCCAACUCCAAAGGCCCGAAUUUGCCCCGCCUGAGCCCACAUAUCUCCGGCCUCAAGUGGCCUACCAAUUCCCUCCUAUUGCACCAAACCCUUCCACUCCUCAGCAAAACGCUUGGUUUGACGGAUCAGGUGCCCAUGUCCCGCCUCAAAAUAGAACGACGCCGUCGAAUGCAUCACCUGUGUCCGGCUACGACGGCACAGAAAACCUGGUUGAAGAGAGCCAGGACUGGUGGUCCAGAAACGCUACCUACGGUAUGGGCAUAGGUGGUUGGAACGGAUCUUGGAAUCAUCCAUCCCAUAAUCAGCAACCUCAAAUUGAUUUCCAGAAUGAGAACCUAGUUGCUGUUCCUCAGCCACCGCCUCCGGGUCCGGAUGUUGGCCCUGGGCAGUCCCAGAUACCCCUUGGUAUACCGAUUGAUCGCCCCCCUUCAGAUCUUAAUGGUGAUACUGGGUUUAGGGAUGGAUGGCAGUCAUUAUGA